AUGCACGGAUAUGGCAACGAUGCGUGCGAUCCUUGCAUUGGUCAGUGGGACAGACGGGACGUCAAGAAGAGCGAGAAGAACUCCAUCAUUACUUCGUACAACCGUAACUUCACGGGCCGUAACGACGCCAACCCCGCAACCCACGCCUUCGUUGCCUCCCCCGACAUUGUGACUGCGUUCCGUUCGCGGGUGACCUCCGCUUCAACCCCCCUCACAGACACCCUUACUGGCUCAGAUGGCAAGCCGUUAAAGUUCAGCGACCCCCCUCCCCGGAAGGAAAUUGCCAGCGUUCGGUUUACGAUCGACCCGAAGACCGACCGUCUCCAGACACUGAAGCCCUUCGCGCCAUGGGAUGGUAGGGCCGCUGAGGACCUCUUCAUUCUCAUCAAAGUCAAGGGCAAGUGCACGGCGGAUCAUAUCUCUGCUGGUGGAUCCUGGCUCAAGUACCGAGGACACUUUGAGAACAUCUCUCAGGACUGUCUGAUCGGUGCCAUCAAUGCUGAGAACGGCGAUGCGAACAACACAGCUGCAUACUACCUCGCCCGCAACAUCAAGUGGGUCGUCGUCGGCGAUUACAACUCCGGCGAAGGCUCCUCGCACGAGCACGCUGCGCUCGAGCCGCGCUUCCUCGGCGGUCUCGCAAUCAUCACCCGGUCGUUCGCGCGUAUCCACGAGAAAAACUUGAAAAAGCAGGGUAUGCUCGCGUUGACAUUCGCGAACCCGGCCGACUACGACAAGGUGCAGCCCGACAACCGGGUGUCGAUCCUCGGCCUGCAGGAUUUCCAGCGUGGCAAGAACCUGACGCUCGAGCUUAAGCAUAAGGAUGGAUCGAAGGAUGAGAUUCCUCUUGCGCAUAGCUUCAAUGCGGGACAGAUUGAACGGUUCAAGGGGGCUCUGCGCUUAACCUGGUAUGUCCAUUCCUAUCCUCUCGCGGUCCGAUCGUCUGCUCACUGGUUUAUUGCAGAUGGCCGCGCACGCGAAGGCCAAGGCACAACAAUAGACGCGUGGACCGACGCGGACGCUGGCGUAGAAUGGCGAGGUAUGGGGAAGAAGUAUCGCAUGGGUGAUUAG